AUGGGCUGGUACUCGCUGCUUCCUACGCACCUGAGCGACAUUGAAGGCUGGAUCUCGAGCAUCUUUAUGCUAUUAGGCCUUGUGACAAUAGGGCCAUGGGCUCUCCUCCUCAUCUACGACUUCGCCUACUACGUCUACCGCUCCUGCGCAUACCAUGUCCCGUUCAUCGGCGGCAAAGCCCAAGGAAAGAGACGACCACGAGCACCGAGCUUGACUCAAAGACCUAGCGGUCGUAAGCGUGACGCUCCGAAUGUGCCCAUACCUCCCUCCACGGCCAUACACCAACACGAACUCGCUCCCGAGAAGCGUUCGUAUGAACAAAGAUAA